CUUCCGUUAGUAAAGGGCGGAAAGUUGCUUCUUUUAUCGAUCAUCGCAAACCCUAUUUUGUGCUCCGAGAAAAUUUCCCGCAUCCCAUCUCAAUUCGCUUCCUCUCCUUCUCCCCGGAGAUGGCCGCCAACUUCUGGACCUCGUCGCACUACAAGCAGCUCCUCGACCCCGACAAGGUCGACGUGGUCCAGCGCCUCGAUAAGGAGAAGGGCGUCACCUUGGAGGAGUUCCGGCUCAUCAAGAUCCACAUGAGCCUCCAAAUUUGGAAGUUGGCUUUACAAGUUAAAGUGAGGCAAAGGGUUAUAGCAACUGCAAUUACAUAUCUCAGACGUGUGUAUACAAGGAAGAGCAUGACCGAAUAUGAUCCGCGCCUAGUUGCACCAACUUGCUUGUACCUGGCAUCGAAAGUAGAGGAGAGCACCGUGCAGGCUAGACUCCUUGUAUUUUACAUCAAAAAAAUGUAUGCAGGUGCAACAAGUUCAGAUGAAAAAUACCGCUUUGAAAUCAAGGACAUUCUUGAAAUGGAAAUGAAGGUUCUGGAAGCCCUUGAUUAUUAUUUAGUUGUUUUUCACCCUUAUCGUCCACUCCUUCAGUUGUUGCAGGAUGCUGGUAUAACAGAUCUGACCCAGGUUGCCUGGGGUCUUGUAAAUGAUACCUACAAGAUGGAUCUGAUUCUUAUACACCCUCCCCAUAUGAUUGCUUUAGCCUGCAUAUACAUUGCUUGUGUUCUCAAAGACAAGGACUUGACCACAUGGUUUGAGGAACUCCGUGUCGACAUGAACAUUGUCAAAAAUAUUUCCAUGGAAAUAUUGGAGUUCUUCGAGUAUUGCAGGCUCGACUCCAAAGGUAAUAUCCUCAUCCCGGAGGACAGGAUCAAUGCAGCCCUGAACAAGGUGGCGGCAAAACCCUGAUUGGUGCUAAUGAAUGCAUAUUGGAGGUGCAAUUACUUACCCAUAGGGCAAUCUGAAAAGCCAUUAUUGGAGAUACAGAUAUAUGUAUCUGUUGGCUAAAACUAUGGAUAUGUAUUUGGCCUGAUGUGCCAAUAUUUGACAACUCGAGGACAUGUAAUCCUUGUGACUUGUAAAAGUAGCUUAUAUUUAUAUUGCUCAAGUGAAACUUAAAUCUUU